CUCGAGAGAAAUCCCUGAGCGAGAACAUGAAGCUGCUUCCCCUGCUCACAGCUGCCUCCUGCCUCACGCCCCCGGGGCCCUCUCUCUCUGCACAGCAAGUGAUGAAGUUGUUUUUUCCAGAUCACAUGAGCCAGGAUGAAGGGGGAAAAUCCUGCCAGGAGCAGAGAUGGGCUGCAACUUGAACCCGACCGAGGGGAGCCACAGAGCAGUGCCUGGAGGGCUAUAUAAGAAUGUGCCAGGCACAAGAGCAAACACUUUCUCAGGUGAAGGACUCGCAUGAAUCAGCCAUGAAUGAAGACGCUGUUUCCAGGAGGCUUGGAGCCACUAACAAAGUCUGUUUGUAUUUCAUCAUCGCCACCAUGGGCACAUUGUUCAUCUUUGCCUUGGCCACCAUCAUGGUCCUGGUCGUCCAGAGGACGGUAGCUGAUCCUGCCAUGGAGGGCAUCAAAAAACCCAUCAGGACAGGGAACACCUUUGAAGACUAUUUGAGGAUCCUACAGAGUGUCCCAGGCAAGGGAGCUGCUGCCUACAUGAGAGUGUCCAGCACAGUGAACAGCUCCAAGCUGAGCCUGGUGGAGAAGGGGAUCUGUGAGAACAUCCAGUGUAACGGCCAGGAGCUGGUGAUCACGGAACAAGGCCUCUACCUGAUCUUCUGCCACUUGAACUUUCACUUCCCCAACUGCUCCAAGAGCCCCAUCGACCUCAAGAUCGAGCUCCUGGUGAACGGCAGGGUGGACAGGCAGACGUUGUCCACACUGUGCACGUCAGAAACGUGCCAAGACAAGACUUUUAAGACCUUGCUCCAGCUCCACUUGACAGAUCUGAAAGUGGAGGACCGAAUAUCAGUAACACUGAACCAUCCCGAAUUCCUGAAUGACGUUUCCCUUCCCAACGAAAACGUUCUUGGGGUCUUGAGGUACAGGGAUGGAAUGGCAGCUCCCUGAGCUCCCACUGCCAGCCAGACUUUUUCUCUGAACACCAGCAGCCUGCUUUAAACCACCAGCCUGGUUUAAAUUUCCCACCUCACCUCAUCCCUAGGGUGAACAAGGAACUUUGUGAGUGUCCCAGAAAUAAAACACUGCAAGAGCUAAGCCUGCCAGCUUCCCUGGCUUGGCUUCGGGUGGGAUGGUUGGACUCUCCAGCACACAACCCACAGACCCACCGAGGGAUCCUCGAAAUAAUCUGUGCAAACACAGAUUAAACCUCAGGCAGAUCAUGGGAAGACUCCACAAUACGGAGAUUUUUAGGGUCAUAAACUGCUGGCACAGCACCUGUGCUCUGGACAUGGGGAAAUCUGUUUAACUCUAUUUUAUGGAGUAGUGAUUUAACCUGGUCUUUCCAAAAACCCAACAGUCAAAGCUUGUAGUCAAGGCCCUUCUUUACCACAGGCACACGGUGACAACUCUGGAAUAGAUUCAUGGUACAACAGCAAAAAUGAUGAAAUUAUUGACUCUCAGGCUGGUAGCUAAACUUUGGGGCAGGACAUAGGAGAUAUGGGAUUUACAGGAUAUUUCUGUGCUGCAUUCUGCUAUGGACCUUAUGCCAUUUCCUUCAGGUGUCUUCCUUGUCACUAUUUAUCCAUCUUUCCUAUUUAAAUAUAAAUCUCUCUGGGACAGAGACUUUGUCUAAGCAGAGUGUUCAGCCUCUGUUCUCCCCUGGGGUUCUCAGGCCUUUCCACAUUAAAUAUUAAAAUAGCAAUGGAGUUGCUGAUUUGGCAAAUAGCAAAGUUCAUUUCCUCGAGUGCCACCCUGCCAGUCUGGCAGUCCCAGUGUGACACAGACCACACCGGGCUGGGAAUCCUCUUCCAACACCAACACUUCCUGGAAGACCAGGGCUCCAGACUUCCCCAAAGCCCAGACUUUGAUCCAGACUUUCCCAAAGACGGUUUCAGACUGGCCCUCAGCAGAGAGCUGAGAUGUUUGAGCAGGCCAGAGAAUGGGUGGCAUUUGAGCUUCUUUGGCUGCCUGAAAUGUUCAGAGAAUGCAGAAUAGAAGAACAAUCUCAAAUCCUCUUAUUCCAUGAAUUGCAGUAACCCAAACAUUUAUUUGCAAUUUCAUUCUUACAGUGUGGGGAGGGAAGGGACCAAGAUGUUGCCAAAGUUGGUGCCAGUUUAGCCCUUCCCCUUUUUCCCUCAUCUCUGGGAUCCCAGGGAGGCCUUUUCUCACCAUUAUUGGAGUUUUUCCCCUUGCACAACUGACAUUUUUCUAUGACUGGAGCUUGGCAAACUCUCCACAGCAAACAUUUAGUCAUAGAUUGAGUUUCUGGCUCCAGAAACCUGGUGGUUUAUCUCAUCCAAGCUCAGUGCCUGCUGCUGACUGAUGUAGCUCAGUUGGUGUGAGCACACUCCAAAUAUUCCUCAGAGCAGCAAUUUGUUUCUUGUUUUACAUCACCAGAAACUGAUGGUGCAUAUCAAUGAGGUUUUGUCUCGUCCACCAGGUGACUUCAAAUGACACCAGACACUUCCCAAAGGUCAGGAACAAUUGAUAUGAUUCACUUCUAGAGAUACCCACUUUCUGUUUUGAUGAACAUUGAUGCAAACAAAAAUUCCUUUUGCUGUCAAUGA